CCCGCUCGCCCCGUCGCCCUUUGCCUCCCCGCAGAGUCCCCUCGCGGCAGCAGAUGUGUGUGGGGUCAGCCCACGGCGGGGACUAUGGUGAAAUUCCCGGCGCUCACGCACUACUGGCCCCUGAUCCGGUUCUUGGUGCCCCUGGGCAUCACCAACAUAGCCAUCGACUUCGGGGAGCAGGCCUUGAACCGGGGCAUUGCUGCUGUCAAGGAGGAUGCAGUUGAGAUGCUGGCCAGCUACGGGCUGGCGUACUCCCUCAUGAAGUUCUUCACGGGUCCUAUGAGUGACUUCAAAAAUGUGGGCCUGGUGUUUGUGAACAGCAAGCGAGACAGGACCAAAGCCGUCCUGUGUAUGGUGGUGGCCGGGGCCAUCGCUGCCGUCUUUCACACACUGAUAGCUUACAGUGAUUUAGGAUACUACAUUAUCAAUAAACUGCACCACGUGGACGAGUCGGUGGGGAGCAAGACGAGAAGGGCCUUCCUGUACCUCGCCGCCUUUCCUUUCAUGGAUGCAAUGGCAUGGACCCAUGCUGGCAUUCUCUUAAAACACAAAUACAGUUUCCUGGUGGGAUGUGCCUCAAUCUCAGAUGUCAUAGCUCAGGUUGUUUUUGUAGCCAUUUUGCUUCACAGUCACCUGGAAUGCCGGGAGCCCCUGCUCAUCCCCAUCCUCUCCUUGUACAUGGGCGCACUUGUGCGCUGCACCACCCUGUGCCUGGGCUACUACAAGAACAUCCACGACAUCAUCCCCGACAGAAGUGGCCCGGAGCUGGGGGGAGAUGCAACAAUAAGAAAGAUGCUGAGCUUCUGGUGGCCUUUGGCUCUCAUUCUGGCCACACAGAGAAUCAGUCGGCCUAUUGUCAACCUGUUUGUUUCCCGGGACCUUGGUGGCAGUUCCGCAGCCACAGAGGCCGUGGCGAUUUUGACAGCCACGUACCCCGUGGGUCACAUGCCAUACGGCUGGUUGACGGAGAUCCGUGCUGUCUAUCCUGCUUUCGACAAGAAUAACCCCAGCAACAAACUGGUGAGCACGAGCAACACAGUCACGGCAGCCCACAUCAAGAAGUUCACCUUCGUCUGCAUGGCUCUGUCACUCACGCUCUGUUUCGUGAUGUUUUGGACACCCAACGUGUCCGAGAAAAUCUUGAUAGACAUCAUUGGAGUGGACUUUGCCUUCGCAGAACUCUGUGUUGUUCCUUUGCGGAUCUUCUCCUUCUUCCCAGUUCCAGUCACAGUGAGGGCGCAUCUCACUGGGUGGCUCAUGACGCUGAAGAAAACCUUCGUCCUGGCCCCCAGCUCUGUGCUGCGGAUCAUCGUCCUCAUCGCCAGCCUCGUGGUCCUGCCCUACCUGGGGGUGCACGGUGCAACCCUGGGUGUGGGCUCCCUCCUGGCGGGCUUUGUGGGAGAAUCCACCAUGGUCGCCAUCGCCGCGUGCUAUGUCUACCGGAAGCAGAAAAAGAAGAUGGAGAACGAGUCGGCCACGGAGGGGGAAGACUCCGCCAUGACGGACAUGCCUCCGACAGAGGAGGUGACAGACAUCGUGGAAAUGAGAGAAGAGAAUGAAUAAGGCACGGGACGCCAUGGGCACUGCAGGGACAGUCAGGAUGACACUUCGGCAUCAUCUCUUCCCUCUCCCAUCGUAUUUUGUUCCCUUUUUUGUUUGUUUUGUUUUGGUGAUGAAAGAGGCCUUGAUUUAAAGGUUUCGUGUCAAUUCUCUAGCAUACUGAGUAUGCUCACACUGACGGGGGGACCUGGUGAAUGGUCUUCACUGUUGCUAUGUAAAAACAAGCGCAACAACUGACUUCAUGCCCUGCCUCACGAAAACCCAGAAGACACAGCUGCCUCACGCUCGACGGUGUGUCCUCCUCCCCUGGACAAUCUCCUCUUGGAACCAAAGGACUGCAGCUGUGCCGUCGCCUCUCGGGCACCCUGCACAGCAGGCCACAGACUCUCCUGUGCCCCUUCAUCGCUCUUAAGAAUCAACAGGUUAAAACUUGGCUUCCUUUGAUUUGCUUCCCAGUCACAUGGCCGUACAAAGAGAUGGAGCCCCGGUGGCCUCUUAAAUUUCCCUUCCGCCAUGGAGUUCAAACCCAUCUACUCCACACAUGCAGGAGGCGGGCGGCAGGCUGCAGCCCGGAGUCCCCGUUCACACUGAGGAACGGGGAGACCUGUGACCACAGCGGGCUGACAGACGGACAUAAUCUCCCGUAGAAAGGUUGGAAAUGCCCCGGGGACAGCAAACUGACACGGUUGAAUGAUAGCAUAUCACUCUGUGUUCUCCUAGAUCCGAGCGAGCUGUCAGUUCUCACCCCCACCGUGUAUAUACAUGAGCUAACUCUUUUAAGUUGUCACAAAAGCGCAUCUCCAGUUUCCAGCCCCUGCCGCAUGACUUUUCCUGAAGGCUUGCUUUUCCCUCGCCUUUCCUGAAGGUCGCACUAGAGCGAGUCACAUGGAGCGUUCUAACUUUGCAUUUUAGUUUUUCCAGUGAACUGAAGCUUUAAGUCUCAUCCAGCAUUCUAAUGCCAGGUUGCUGUAGGGUAACUUUUGAAGUAGAUGUAUUACCUGGUUCUGCCAUCCUUAAGUCGUAACUCUGCGGUACAGGUAAUUCAGAAUGUACUAUGGUACUUCCCUCCCACACCAUACGAUAAAACAAGACAUUUUAUGAUGAUACCAGAGUCACUAUGUGGUCCUCCCCGAAAUAACACAUUCGAAAUCCAUGCAGUGCAGUAUAUUUUUCUAAGUUUUGGAAAGCAGGUUUUUUCCUUUAAAAAAUUAUAGACACAGUUCACUAAAUUGUUGAUUUAGUCAAAAUUCCUAGACUGAAAGAACCUAAACAAAAAAAUAUUUUAAAGAUAUAAAUAUAUGCUGUAUAUGUUAUGUAAUUUAUUUUAGGCUAUAAUACAUUUCCUAUUUUCGCAUUUUCAAUAAAAUGUCUCUAAUACAAUACGGUGAUUGCUUGUGUGCUCAACAUACCUGCAGUUGAAACGUAUUGUAUCAAUGAACAUUGUACCUUACUUGCAGCAGUUUUAUAAAGUCCGUCAUUUGCAUUUGAAUGUAAGGCUCAGUAAAUGACAGAACUAUUUUUCAUUAUGGGUAACUGGGGAAUAAAUGGGUCACUGGAAUAGGAAUAGAAGUGUAAGCUGGAAGGGCAAAAAUGAGAAAGAAAAAGGUAGGCCCUUUGUGUCUACCAUUUUUAGUGCUGUGUGAUCAUAUUGUUCCUCAUAGCGAAAAAGAAUGCAAGGGCAUGAAGUUAGCUGUGGGCAUGCCAGGGUUGCAUUCACAUUCCUGGGUACCCAGUGCCGACGGGGUGUGCCCACAUGGGAACAUGUCCUUGGUGUGCUUCCUCAGAGUGGCUUUUCCUCCAUUAAUAUAUAUAUGAGUGCUGAAAACAAGUUGCAUAGCUGCUUUGCAGUGGUUUCAGAGGCAGAUCUGAGAAGAUAAAAAAACUCAAUGUAUCAGCUUUUUUUAAAGGACAUUAUUAGAAAAUUAAACAGCAGUAUUUUUUAACAUGUGUGACUCUUUCAUGAUUCUGGGGUUGGAGCUUAAAGAUCCAAAUUGAGAAAGCAGGCCAGGCACAGUGGCUCAUGCCUGUAAUCCCAGCACUUUGGAAGGCCGAGGGGCGGGGGGGGUGGAUCACUUAAGGUCAGGAGUUCCAGACCAGCCUGGCCAACAUGGCAAAACAACGUCUCUACUAAAAGUAUAAAAAUUAGCUGGGCACGGUGGUAUAUGCCUGUAAUCCCAGCUAUUCAGGAGGCUGAGACAGGAGAAUCGCUUGAUCCCGGGAGGCAGAGGUUGCAGUGAGCCAAGAUAACGCCAUUGCACCCCAGCCGGGGCAACAAGAGCAAAACUUCGUCCCCCCCCAAAAAAAAAGAAAGCGAAUCCUUUCCCUCUAAAUCCAGGAAGGAUCAGCAAGGGCCUCCUCAUUAUGACAUAAGGAAAUAAGGAAAUGUAACUCCAGAGAUCCCUUCAGGGAUCAAGAUCAGUGGGCCAUAAUAUUUGGUUAGAGUUUCUGAGAACACAGGAAGCAGUGCCACACUCAGGCCACCACAAUGGAGCUGAUUUGGCAGGACUUGUCCAAACCGUUCACCUUAAAGCACGUGAUCCUUCUUCAUACAUUUUCUUCACUUGGGCUGCUUAAGUCACAGCCUAACAACUUCUGAGGCAAAAACUGAGAAUUGGCAUAUUCUCCUGCGUUUGUUCUAACCGAGUCCCGUCAUCCAGCUAGACAUGAGAGGAGAUCAAACCAGGGAGAGUGACCUUUCUUCUUCCCACUUUUCAGAGUCAUUAGGGGCAACCUUUUGACUUUUGUGACCAAAGAAACAUUCCCCCAAAACAUUUUUCAUUGCAGGGUGUUCAGCUGACAGCUGCAUUUAGAAGGGUACCAUGCCUGUGAGAUUCUCACGUCAAAGACCAUGGAAAGACCAGGUGUGACUUUCUCCAAAAUUGAGUGACUGCUUGUGGACGAAUACAAUCUGAAAAUACAAGGCCAUGAAGUAGUUUUUCAUUUAGAUGCUGAGAAACAGGUUUGGGCAGUUCAAAGCAUAGAAAAUAGAGAGUGAGGGUUUUCUCUGAGCAAGCCAAGGCUAGAGCUCCUCCUUUGCUGGCCUAUUUGAGGGAAACGAGGUCAUCCUAAAUGUGCAGUUGUCAUUUGUUCUGUAGUGACUUACAGGGAUCUCAGUGGCAAAGGGCGUCAGUGAGACACUCAACAAUUGAGCAAAAAGAACUAGACGAGGCUUGCACUCGGAAAGUCAUGGUAGGAUUGGACCUGCCAGCCACAUGGCUCACGGAGUAUUGAUGGAUUUGCACAUUGGCAGGAAACCCUCCCAUUUGAGAUUCUUCAAAUGGGGUGCAGAAGGCCACUUGUUUGCAUUUCUGGAUAAAAACCAGUCAUCCCCCAUGACUGCCUGCAUCGGGUUUGUCUUGUGCCAAAGUUACUCUUCCCUUGUUUUCACUUUGCCUUGGUUUUUAGCAUUAGCCAGUAGUUUGGCUUGGAAAUGUCCUGGAUAGCUGAUUCCCUAAGAAACUGAAACAUUUAAUAUUGGCUUAGGAUGUAUCAGAGGGGGCCAAAUAAAGCUGCUUUACAAUAGUAAAAUCACUUUAUACUUCACUCCUUCAGUCUUCCCAAUAAAGAACCUUGGGAGGUACAAGGGGUGGGGAGCCCCGGAUGGGGAGGCCUGGGAGCUCCCAGGGUAAUGACAGAGCUGGGCCGAGUUCUCCAGACACCAGGGUGCAUCGCAGCGGGGCCAGCUGAGGAGUGCGCACUCCCAGCCCUCUGGAUCUCUCUCCUGGUUGGAAUAAUCAUUACAUAUCAUAACUCUCAGAAAAUUUAUUCACUUAAAUCUUCAGAAGAAGAAGUGUGAAAUGUUAGCAGCUCCCUGCUCUCACUUGUUCCCCAUUUGGGGAUCUUCUGGAGGGAAGGGGCAGGGGGAGAGUAACUUUUCCAUGCCCUUGCUUUCUAGAAACAUCGAUUUCCAGACUCAGUAGCUGACUGGUUUUUUUUCCCCUUCAAAUUGAAGUGGGAGAGAGAGUGUGUUUUGCAAAAUAGCAAGUAUUUAUAGUGUUGUAAUUACAUUUCCUUGAGAAAUAUUUUCUUGUAUUUAAAAAUCUUUCUACUUCAGUAACUCUCUCAGCAGAACAGUGCCCAGGACAGCAUGUGCCGGUUAGUACCAGCUUUGCAGGUGAGCCGACUUCUAAACUUAGGAUGACGUCUUCAUCAAUCAGACCAUUGCACGUCCAGGAAAAGGGGUCCUUUAUCUUCUAAGUUCUGCUCCCCAUCUUUCUUUUGGAACCAAAGUUGCAGUGGAGUGUGAGGAAGGGCUUUGAAAGAUGUGGAGUGCUGAGAUGUCUGCAUUGCAUAUUCAGCCAGUUCAAAGCCAGCAGCUCCUGCCUGCAUUCUGUAGACAGCGCCCUCACACACAGCCCUCUGACGGCUCUCACAUAAAGCACUGGAACCGUAGGAAAGCAUGUUUUUGAGCAACGUGUUUGGUAACCAUUCGGGAUACUCCUCUGUGUGGUUAUUUUGAAUCUCUAUUUCUGUCAUUGAAGCAGCAAAAAACAUCAUGUGACUCAUCCACUGAUCUAACCACACUUAAAACAGGAUGUAGAGAAAAAUCUGAAGAGAAACGUAAAAGGGCCUGUUGCCUGCCCUUUUAAAGGCACAAUGUCUAAAAUCAUGCAAAUGUUCAAAAUGAGAGAAAUUGCAUUGUGCAAUCAACCCAAACUGCACUCAGAAGUCAGAGAAGUCACAAAUACAUAGUAUACUAUCUGAUCUCAAAAGGGAAAAAGGAGAUUGACGAGACCGAAAGUUUAGACUAUUUUCUUCUCGAGGGGACAUUCAAUCUAUUAACUUGCAACUUUCCGCUAGGAAGAGCAUCAAAGGUGGGCCUCCUAAAUCAUUUUUGAAAAAUCUUUGUCAAGUCCAAGUGGUUCCAGGAGAAUUUAUAGCCAGUAUCUCUUAAAAUAUUUCAUUUUAGUGAUAAUGGUUUUCUCAGCUUCAUUUGCAAACAACCAGGAUCUCUAAAAGACUGCAUAAGAUACAUGCACUUUUAUAGAUGGCUGUCAGCUACACACCGAUUCAGCAAAUGUUUUUUAUGUAGUACCUGUUUUAAGUUAGGCUAUGUAACUUAAAGUGCACUUCACUAACAAGACUUGACAUCAGCGUCUCCAAUAUGUAUAUGUAAACAAAAGCACACAAGAACUAGGCACCCUUCCUCUCUCCAAGAGUUUAAGUGGUGGUUUCCUUAGGUUAAAGAAGGGGACAGACCAGCUAAAAAUGGUUGUACCACUCACUGUACAACCUCAUGGAAAUUCUUACUAUACGAUUUAGAGGCAACGUUCCCUAGCUAUGAGCCAGGGCAAGAAACGGCACCUUUGGCGUUGGGGAACAUUUGAGAAACAUAACAACUAGGUAGAUGCUGGUUCCCUGAAGUGUGGGGCCAUAAACAUGCGGGGACCCAUGGUUUGAAUAAACCAGCCUCUGAAACCUAAGUUCAAACCACCCUUGCAUAACAAAGAAGUACAGGGUACACAUCACCACCAAUCACCCAGCACCCCACAGCGUUGGUCAUGUCACUAUGCGGCAGGCCCCUUACCCCAGGGCUGCCACAUCCACAAGCCUUGCAGUGGCAAAUACACCGCUCCCUGGAUGCAAUGAGAUAUUUUGGUUGCUUAACAAUGUACUGAUCAGGGAACUGUCUAAAGCUAGUAGGACCAAGGAGUUAAUCGAAGGGCUUCGGGAAAGUGGACAAGAGCCACGCACGCGAUUCUGUUCCAUGCCAACACUCAUUCAUUUAAGGAAUGUAUUCAAGCUGGAGGCUUCCAUAUCAUUCACGCUUCUUGGCCUCACCUCGCUCAUCUGUCCAAUGGGAGGCUUAAGCCAUUAUUGCUAAGGUCCCUUCCUGGUCUAACACUCUGUGUAUGAUCUAGGAUUUGGAACGUGGUAUGAGAUCCUACAAUGGAAGAAUAAAAUUACCUCAUUCUUCAUUUCAGAUCUGAAUAUUAGCAGUCAUCUAGAUUUUUUUUUUUUUUAAACAAAAUUAAGUGUGCUUAGAGUCAUUUCUCUACAUAGGCUGUGGCUGUCAGCUCAUAGGUUUGUCAGUUUCACAUCAAAACUGUGGGUAUAAACUGUUGAAACCAAUCACAUUGAAAUAUUUAGCUGAGCACAGUGGUGUGCAUCUGUAGUCCCAGCUACUCGGGAGGCUGAGGCAGGAGGAUCGCUUAAGCACAGGAGUUGGAAUUUAGCCUAAGCAACAGAGCAAAACCCCGUCUCUAAAAUACAAAUAAAAUAUUUGUGUAGUUUUUGAUUAAAAUUGACUACAGCGGUCAGUAUAAAAUAUAUGUCGCUUUUAAGGAAGUGCUGUUUAUGUACCUAACAGAUGGAAGUUUUUGCAUUGGUAAGAGCAUUUAUAUAUGCUUUGUUUCAGGGUUUAUCGAUUUGUAUUCAUAUAUUGUCAAAUAGGUUUCAUACUCUAAUUUUACUUUAAGUAAAGCUUAAACACUUGGCAUACAA